UUUACUACUGGACCAAUCAGAGCUAUGCUCGCUUCCAUAUUCUUAAGCCUCCUAAUGUCCCAGGUAGUCACCCCUGCCCCUUCCCUCAUGGGCCUCCAGCAGGUGGCUCUGCAGGAAGAGGUCAGUGUUUUGGUCAACGGAGUGCUGCAGUUCAGCCAGGCACUGCACAACCUCUACAACUCCAUGGCCCAGAAGUUUGACACAAUCAAGCAACGCACGGACUUUUAUCAGCAGGGCUUGAAGGUACUAGAUCACCAGAUUCAGAGCAUCCAGCUGGACCAGAAUGGGAUCAGAGGGAUAAUUAAAGGGCUGAAGGCAGAGGGCACAAGAUUGAAGCAACAGUCUCAGGCCAAGAAGGAAGAACUGCAGAAGAUGCUAGUGAGUCAUCAAAAUACACUGCUACAAGUUAAGGUGCUUGAAGAAAAGCUGUCCAGCAUGGACCACCAAGAUGUCCAAAACAAAGAGUGGGAGUUUGCAGCUGUGAAGGCUCACGUGCAACAGCAGAAUCUCACCAUCUGGUUCCUACUGGGAGCAACCAAGCAGCAGCAAGAGCAAAUGGCUGAACAGGCAAAACAGCUGCUACGGAUUCAAGAACAGCAUAUCAAUGAGCUUCACUCACUUCACAGAUGGCUUCAUGUGAGGAAACAGAUAGUGCCAUACAAACAACUCCCUCUGAUCCCAUGCCUGCAUUCUCACAGGUUGAGAGAUAUUAAACCUACAUGAUGCUCUGGUUGAGGUCCCUUUGCGCUCUGCAAAAGAGAGAGAGGUGUUCAACAGGAAAGGCAUGAAUAUGUCCUCAGAGGACAUAAGCAAGAAAUAAUGGUGAGAAGAGAAUUGGACUUAUCCAUGCUGUUAAGUGAGUUGCUACCAUGAUCUCUGAAUUCCGUAUCUCCAGCACAGAAAAAGAGAGUAAACUUAAUGGCAAACACAAUGGAGACAGAACUGCAGUUUCCAUAUAAUCUGUCUGAGAGAAUGGAGCUCCAACUGGCAAUUUUCAAGAAUUAUUCUCUUGCGUUUUGGAGGGAAUCACAAUGUCCUAAAAAUGGGCCCUGAACCUACUACAGUCUGCUGUGGAGGUUAUAUUCUACAUAUUCUGAUGCCUAUUGGCAGGUGAGUAUCUCCAAAGCUCCUAUAGGAUGUCAGUGGAAUACAAAAAGCUAAAUGCAUACUAUAGCAUGGACUUGACACAACAUACUUAGCAAAUGGCAUGCAAGGUCUGCCACACAGGGGGCCUUGAAAUAUUUUCAACAAGGUGGACUUACAUUCCUCAUCUCUAUCUGUGAAUCUACUGAAAGAGUAUUCCUUUCUUUAAAGAAAGUUGCAGAUUUCCUUUGAAUCAGCUUCCACCCUCAUGACCAUAAACAAAAUGUACCAUUCUUUACUUCCGUAUUGUGAUCCUUACGUUGCACACCUGCAUGUUGGUUUUAUGCUGACUGCAAUUCUCUCGUGCUAGUAAACUAUCAAAAAGUAUGAUUCAGCCAGUGGGACUGUAGUGACAUUGUCUUCAUGAUGCCAGUCACAAGGCAUCUCAGUUCUGAUUCUGGAAGAAUAACGUACUUUGUGAUGUGUCAAGCCCAUGUACUUUAGCUGGCAAGUCCAAGGGAGCAAAAACAGCAUGGAUUUCAGUAAGUUUUCUUUAAUGCUAGUCUGGGAUAAAUAGAGACUCUUGGAAACUUAAGAGAAAUUUCCCACCGCAUUUAAAGUCACGUUGUUGAGUUGGGCAGCCU